UCUUUUCAUAGCUCUGAAGUUUUUAUCAUUCAUUUUUUAGAGAAAAAAUGCGGUUAAACACAGAAGAUAAGUUAAACGUUUUUGAAUAAUAUAAAGCCUAUGAAAAGAUCCUUUAUAGAACGCAACCAAGCCAAAAAACAGCAGACUGAGUUUGAUUGUGUCUGUUCAUGAGAGAUGAUGAAACGUACAACGUCCGUCACGCCCACUAGUACCGGCUUAAAAGGAAUUCUAUCAUGUCCAUUUACAAAUAAACCUCUGAAGAUUUGAAUCAUAAUUACAAAUGGCUCAACAACUUGCACACAGCCAACAGCUAAAAAAUCCAAAAUACAGAAACUGGGUGAAAGCUGGUCUCGGACUGAAAUACCUCAAGGAAGGUCUGGAAACAUUUUCGGACGAUGUUAUCGACCAGCAGCAUACGGACAUCAUAAAUGUAGUUCAGAAAAAGCAUAAUUUACCGAUGGUAAACUGUGGGCAAUGCAAUCUACGCACACUUCAGCCAGAUCAUGUUCGAAAUAAAAAUAAACAAUGCCCAUUAGGCCAAAACAAUUGUAAUUGCAUGUUUCCUGGCGGGAAGAUUACAUGUCCAAACAAUGUUUGUGGUACUAUACAUGACGAAAUCAUCAUUAACCAUGCUUCAAAUCCUCCAGCUCCCAACUGGAAAAAUACAGAUGUACAGAAUUGGUGCACGGAUGCUUGGGCAGUCGCCAAAUGCUAUAUUAACGCUCCUGGGUAUGCAACAAAACGGAACGCUAAAGAAAUUGAUUGCACAGGAUUAUUGCACUUGUACAUCAAUAGCAAAUUUCUGCAGGGAAAAAUUCAGUGUAAAAUAACGGGACAAGACGUUUUUACAAAGACAAGGUCUGCAAGGAACACCAUCUACCAUUCUAAUAGCAUGGAAAUGGAGGAUAUUGAAGUUGAUGAGCAUAUUGACAACAUGAUUGCUGUUCUAGAAGAUGGGAAAGAGCUUCUCCACAGACAAGAAUCACAAGAUGCAGUUAUAAAAUUAAAAGAACUCAAGAAUUCUUCUAUUGUUAUAUCUGCUCAAGAUGAAGCCCUGGUCAUAAAGGAAGCAUAUAUUGAACUGGAUCAGAGGAUAAAUGACCUUAAUGAAACAAUUCAGAAAGGAAAAGAAGCUAUCACACAGAAAGAAAAGGAAGCUUUGCAAGCAGUUCAAAAGAUCAAAGAACAAUUGGAAAAUAGAGAAAAGGAAGUUUUAGAUAAUAUUUUGAAACAUGAGGCAGAGACGUGUGCCGUUAUUGAAAAGCAGAGGGAAGUCGCAAUUGAAGACAUUACAGCAUCCGUGAAGCAACUGGAAGACUCGGCUUAUACCCAAGCCAAGAAAGAUUUCCAAAAGAGGCUCGUAGAGAUGUACCUCGAAAAUGUUGUCAAAGUAUCCCCAGUAUUGCUUCAACCUGAAAGGACCGAUACUGUUAUCAGUCAGUUGUAUGUGGAUCCAUAUUUGGAAAUAGAACCAAGAGAGAAAGAUAAUACACAAGAGAAAACAAAAGUUUCAUCAUAUACGGAAAUAUUCGAAAAGGACGGCAAACCACUGAAAUUGAUAUACCUGAUCGGUGAAGCUGGGUCUGGUAAAAGUACAUUCUGUAUAGACAUGAUCCACAAAUGGUGCCUCGCGCAUUCUGAACAAUGUACGCAAGAAUCAGAAAACGUACAGUUUAUGAAAAAGUUCAAGUUUUUAUUUUACAUAUACCUCCGCCAAACCCCAGCUUUUAAAACUAUCCCAUCUUGUUUAAAUUAUGAAAAUGGAAUUGAACCUUUUCAAACCAACUUGACAGGAGCUUCUGUGCCUACCCUGUCUCGUUGA